CUGAGGCCUGGAGAAGUGAUGCAUUGCUCACAGAGAAGUUAGAGGAAACUCUUCUCUUCCUCUGAAGAGAAAUCUGGAUAACAAUGAUUGCUCUUACACCUUUUUUCAAAUCAAAACUAUGAAAGAUGAAGAAGGAAAUACUGAGGAUUAUGCAGGAGACAGAAUUUGGACCUGUAUUGAAAUACUCUAAAGAAUGACAGUGACCCUUAAGGAUGUCCACGGCAACACUAUGGCUAACCCACCAAUCAUCAGAACAUUUCGUUUCGUUUACAUCUUCAUGUUGAUCCUUGGGAGCAGAAUCCAACAUUCUUUGGAAAAUGCAUUUGUGGGUAACUAUUCAAACAACUUUCUCAGGCAUGUUCCAAGACUCCUGUCAUCAAAAACAACAGUCUUAGAUCUGUCACUAAACAAUAUAGCUGAGCUUCAGAUUGAAGACUUCAAACCUCUACCAAAGCUGAGAGUUUUAAAACUUUCUCAUAAUAGGAUCCAAUACCUCGAUAUCAGUGUGUUCAAAUUCAACCAGGAUCUGGAAUACUUGGAUUUAUCCCACAAUAAGUUAUGGAAGAUUUCGUGCCAUCCUCUCCUGAAUCUCACAUAUUUAGAUCUCUCAUUCAAUGAAUUCAAAGACCUCCCCAUCUGUGAGGAAUUUGCCAACAUGUCCCAACUAGAUUUCCUGGGAUUAAGUACUACAAGUAUACAAAAAUCAGACUUACUACCAAUUCACCAUUUGAAUCUAAGUAACAUCCUGCUAGACCUAGAAAGAUUUUAUGGGAAAAAAGACAAACUGGAGAGCCUUCCAGUUUUGAGCACAAAGGUACUACAAAUUAUCUUCCCUCCAAAUAGAGCAUUCUUUGUCCAACUGAAUAUGUCAGUGAGCAACUUAAGAAGUUUAGAACUAACUAAUAUUAAUUUGGAUAAUAAUAAUUGUUUUAUUUUUGCUGGUUUUUUAUCAGAAGUAAUUAAUAAUUCAAGAUUUCUGAAUCUUACCCUCUACCAUGUUGAAACUACUUGGAAAUGCUUUGUGGAAAUUCUUCAAUUUCUUUGGCAGAAACCCAUAGAAUAUCUUUAUAUUUACAACUUAACAUUGGUGGGAAAAAUUGAUCAUGAGACAUUUACAUAUAAUGAAACUUCACUGAAAGGGCUAAAAAUAGAACUUUUUACCAUCAAAGUUUAUAUAUUUUCACAACCAGAUUUGUAUCGUAUCUUUUCAGAGAUGAACAUAAAAAUGUUAAUACUAUUGAAUAGCCGUAUAUUGCAUAUGCUUUGCCCUUCUAACCCUAGCCCAUUUCAGUAUUUGGAUUUUGCUGACAAUCUUUUCACAGAGAGUCUUUUCCAAGAUUGUGAUAACUUAAACCUCUUGCAAACGCUUAUUUUACAAAAGAACAAAUUUAAACACCUUUCCCAGAUAGCUCAAAUGGCAGAGAAAAUGAAGUCUCUGAAACAUCUGGACUUAAGCCAGAAUUCUAUCAGUUAUGAUGAUAAUGAAAACUGCAAUUGGACUGAAAGUCUGUUGAUCUUAAAUUUGUCAUCCAAUGAGCUCACUGACUCUGUCUUCAGAUGUUUACCUCCCAAUAUCAUAGUGCUUGAUCUACAUAGAAACAAUAUCAGGAGCAUCCCUAAACAUAUGUCCAACCUGGAAACUUUGCAAGAGCUAAAUAUUGCUUUUAAUUCUUUAGCUGAUCUUCCAGGGUGCAGUACUUUUAGUAGCCUUUCUGUACUGGUAGUCAGAAAUAAUUCAGUUUCCAGCCCAUCUGCUCACUUCUUCAAUAGCUGUCAGAAUAUUAAAUCACUACAAGCAGGAGACAACCCAUUCCAAUGUACCUGUGAGCUAAGAGAAUUUAGAGAAAACAUAGCCACAUUAUCAAACAAAGUGGUACAUGGAUGGCCGCAUUCAUAUACGUGUACCUUUCCAGAUAGCUAUAAGGGGACACAGUUAAAGGAUUUUCACUUGUCUUCCUUCUCGUGUAAUUUAGUUCUGUUGGUUAUCACUGUUGUGAUGAUUGCCUUAGUUCUGGUGAUUGUUACAACUUUUUUGUGCAUCCACUUUGACUUCCUAUGGUAUCUGAGGAUGAUAUCUCAGUGGACUCAGACACGACACAGAGCUAGGAACAUCCCCGUAGACAAACUUGAAAGAACGUUCCAGUUUCAUGCUUUUAUUUCAUACAGUGAACUGGACUCUGCCUGGGUGAAGCAUGAGCUGCUUCCAAACCUAGAGGGUGAAGACCUAAGGAUUUGCCUUCAUGAGAGAAACUUUGUCCCUGGAAAGAGUAUUGUUGAAAACAUUAUAAACUGUAUAGAGAAAAGCCACAAGUCCAUCUUUAUUUUGUCCCCCAACUUCAUUCAGAGUGAGUGGUGCCAUUAUGAGCUUUACUUCGCUCACCACAAACUUUUUCAUGAAGGUUCAUGUAACUUAAUCCUCAUCUUACUGGAACCAAUCCCACAGGAUGGCAUUCCUGCCCGGUAUCACAAGCUGAAAGCUCUCAUGGCACAGAGAACUUAUUUGGAAUGGCCCAAGGAGAAGAGUAAGCAAGUGCUCUUUUGGGCCAACAUCAGAGCAGCAUUUAAUGUGAAAUUAGCAUUAGUUAAAGAAGAUGAUGACAUUUAGAUAAUUUAAAAUU